GUAGUGACGUCGAGCGAGCUAAGUUAACAAAGUGGAACGCAAGAAAAUUAAUGGAGAAAAAAAAAUCCAUUGAAAAUCGUUUUAUGCGUGAAAGAGCUGUGGAUAUAUUAUAGGAUAGCAAGCUAUUGAGGAUUCAUAACGUCAUUAGUUAACGUCAGAAACAAGUCAAGUCUCUUGAAAGUAUCAGCAUGAAAAUGAAGAUCAUCAUUCUUCUAUUGGGCAUCAUAGCCCCGGCUUUUGCCUAUACUGAUUCGCAAUGUUCGAGCUACGACCAUGAGACGUACGGGUGUGUAGGAGAAUGUAUCUCUACAGGUGAUUGUCCUGGUUCUAAAUACCAGAGUUAUCUCUGUCCCACACAGCCGGCUGGUAUCAAAUGUUGCUUUACAGCGGACACUGAUGCACAAUGUGCAAACUACGACCACUCGACGUAUGGAAGGGUGGGAAGCUGCAUUGAAUCUAGUCAGUGUCCUCACAGCAACUACAUCUCUAAUCUGUGUCCAACCAAGGCAAACAGUAUCAAAUGCUGCUUCAGCAAGCCAGAAGGAACAUGCGGAGGCGGAGGCGGAGGCUGUAAGAACGCCCUCAAGUAUAUUAUCAUAUGA